GUUUAAGCUUAUAACAUGAACCAGUUAAGCAUCUUCUGUAUAUGCUCCCCUCUGCUUAUCAGCUUCGGAAUAUUGUUUGUAGGUUUUGUUGCUGCAACACCAGAGGAAUGCAAUGUCACUGGAGGGGAAGGUAUCCAAAUGUGUUGCAAACACAAGAGAGAACUUGAAACAAAAGAGAAACAAGAGGAAUAUGAAAACAAUAUGAAAAACUGCUUCACAAAAUAUUUUGGUGACAUUGAGGAUCCUCCAGCAGAUGAUGUUAAGAUGUCAUUAAUGGAGUGUGUAGGUGAAUGUUUCUUCAAUGCUUCUGGUUUAUUGACUCCAGAUUUGAAGCUAAGCAUGGAAAAAAUAAAUUCUAAAGAUGAUAUGAUAGAUCCUGAUCCAAAAUGGAAAUCAAUAGAUGAAGCAGCAGUGAAAACCUGCUUUGAUAAAAGUGUUACAGAAGGAACUGGAUCCACAAAGUGUAAAAGUGGUUCAUUUCAGUUCUUGAAAUGUGUACUUCGGGAAAGAUUUUUGAACUGCCCAAAGGAUGCCUGGACUGAAAGUAAUGAAUGUAAAACAUAUAGAGGAGUGGUAGAAAAAUGCCCUAAUGUCAUCCCAGGUGUUGCCUGAAGCAGCGGAAACAAUAAAAU